AUGCCCAUUAAUGAACCAACUUCUUCGGGUAAAAAUAAAUUAGGUCUAACAUUACCCGAAGUACCAAAAGAUCCAAGUGAUCAAAGCCAUACUGAAAAUGGCAUUCCAGACGUAUGUAUUGAACGUUUACAAGAAGAAUUCAACCAACUUGAAUGUACCGAUAAACAAAAAGAUCGCAUGGAAGAGUUUUUCAAAGCUAAACGUGCUGUGGGAGAAUUAAAGCAAGAUGAUCUCGUUAACAUAUAUGAGUUAGGUCAAGGAAAUGGAGGCGUUGUUUAUAAAGUUCGCCAUAAACCAACCGAUAAAAUAAUGGCUAGAAAGAUAAUCUAUUUGGAAGUUAAACCAGCUAUGAAAAAUCAAAUUAUUCGAGAACUUAAAGUAUUGCAUCAAUGUAAUUCACCAUAUAUUGUUGGGUUUUAUGGAGCAUUUGCUGUUGAAGCUCAAAUUAGUAUUUGUAUGGAAUACAUGGAUGGUGGCUCAUUAGAUUUGAUAUUGAAAAAGGUUAUGCGAAUUCCAGAACAUAUUCUUGGCAAGAUUACUGUUGCUGUUCUUCGUGGCUUAAGUUAUUUACGAGAACGACAUCGUAUCAUGCAUCGAGAUAUUAAACCAUCGAAUAUUCUUGUGAAUUUUCAAGGUGAAAUAAAACUAUGUGAUUUCGGUGUUAGUGCACAAUUAAUUGAUUCAACAUUGCAUACAUUCAUUGGUACUCGUUCUUAUAUGUCUCCUGAAAGACUUGAAGGUGCGCACUAUGGAAUAAUGAGUGACAUAUGGUCAUUAGGACUUUCACUGGUCGAAAUGGCUGUUGGUCGAUAUCCAAUUCCGCCACCAUCAACACAAGAUAUUGAUAAUUUAAUUAAAGAAGACCCAUUGGGAAAUCGACCCCGACCAGAAGGAUUUGGAUGCUAUAAAGGCUUAGCAAUAUUUGAAUUAAUGGAAUGGAUCGUUAAUGAAGCACCACCAAGUUUACCACGGUCACAUUUUUCAUCAGAAUUUUGUGAUUUUGUUGAUCGUUGUUUGAAAAAGAGUACCUCUGAAAGAGCCGAUUUAAAUACACUUUUGCAUCAUCCAUUUUAUAAACGAUACGAAGCUGAAAGUGAUAAUCAAGAAGUUUCGUCGUGGAUACGACAAGCAUGUGGAUAUGAUUUGGAUAUGAAUAAUGAAAACAAUAAUCGACGUAGUGGAAGUAGUACAUAA